UGGAACAUGAGUAGAUUAAUUUGAAACAACGGUCGGACAUCUUGAAGGCAGUCUCCAGUUCUUAUUAUACAUCAGUAAGUCCAUCAUCCAGAACGCCAUUUUAUGAACUCCCCCUUUUUCCCCUACUGCGGUGCCGCUCAAUUGACCAAUCUGCGGCCACUAUUCCUAACAGGUAACCAAUCACAGCAGGCUUUACAUGAACCAGACCAGUGGAUUUAUAUUCACGGGGCUGCUUGGGAAAUGUAAACUAUUUAACAUGGAGACAGCAGUUGAUAAACUGGAGGCGAUGUUCCAGAAGGCAGAGGCUGACAUGGAGUACAUGGAGAAACGGCUGAGGCUGGAAUUCCUGACAAGUGCUCCAGUGAACGGUGCAGCAGAGGAAAACCCUGUGAAGCUGCUGGAGAACCUGUCUGCCAUCAAGGUGAGGCAUGUGGCCUUGUGCACACAAGUGCAGGAGAUUGCAGCCGAGCAGAAGCAGUCAAUGGACUCCAUUCGAGCACACCUCAACACCACUGUGCAGCUGGUGCAACAGUUACAGCAGACUGCUGACGUUGAGAUUCCACCACUGACUGAGAUGGAGCAGGAGUCUGCAGAUUUCCUUGGUUUAUCAGUCAAUCAAAACACAGAGUUACUGAUGUCUAUGGAGCCUUCAGCCAAAGAGCAGCCUCAGUUGGUGCCCUGAGUUUGCAGAAGAUGAAGCAGAUGAACAUGAAGGUUAGCGAUGCCAAGCUGAAGACGUUGCAGCAUCUGUCAUUGAGCUGGACAAUGGCACAUUUGCCUGCUAAUAUGAGCGGGGAACUGGCACAGCUGAGACUGUUUAAGAUGGACCCCACAGCGAAAGUGACUGAUUCUGCCCAUCUCUCAUUGUCUAGUAAUGUUAGCCUAUUUGAAGGGUUCUGAUGCCUACUUAGGCUGUGGUUUGAUUUCUUUUGCUAGUUAUUUUAAAAUGACACCACAAUCUGAAGGAAUUGACCAGAAGCAAGAACUCCAGAUGGAACCAACUCACCAAUGUUUGAGGUGCUGUAAGUGGAAGGUGGUGGGCCAUAUUGUAAAUUAGAUGUACUAUUUUUUAUCAUAUUGAGGGUUCUGACUGGCUAAUGCAUCAGUUGAAUGCGUUUCACCUGUAAAUAUGUUAACGAUUUGAAUUCAGCUGAUUACUUUCCAACUGUACGUAUUGUCUAGAACGUCAAUGUAUUAUGAUGCUUCAUUAAAAUGAAAUAUUCCCUCUGA